AAUCCAUGCCAAGAAGCACCUUGUCGUAAUGGCGGCAAUUGUACCUUACAAGAAAACAGGCAGCAUUAUAACUGCGAGUGCAAGAAAGGAUUUGAGGGCGAGCAUUGCGAUCAAGCACCAGAUAUUCGUCUCGUUGGAUCAUCUAAUAAGUACGAGGGACGUCUUGAAGUCUAUCACAACGGCCAUUGGGGUACUGUCUGCGAUGAUUACUGGGACCAAAAUAGUAACGGUGGUACGGUCGCUUGCCGGCAGCUCGGAUUCAGUGGUCUACAGUCCUACGAUACGGACAAAUUCGGCCAAGGGACUGGGUUUAUCUGGUUAGAUGAUAUCAGAUGCACUGGUACCGAACAACGAAUACAAGACUGUCCCCAUAUUAUCAUACCAGGUGGAGUUGGUCAUUGCAGUCACUCUGAAGACGUAGGCAUAAUAUGCAUUCCAUGAGAGAACUGURUUAUAAUUAUUUUGAUUAUGCGCGGUCUCAGUGUCGUCAAGCCAAACCUGUGCUUUGAGUGUAAAAUGAUCGGUUUUUUUUUCUGCAAAAUACUAUCAUCGAUUCAACUGARCUGCCUCAAGCAGUCGAGGUUUUAUCAAAGUUAUAGUGCUAGACAUAUUGCCGCUGUGUAGUGAUAGGGACUGCUAAUUAACGUCAAAUUCCCAUAUUCUGACGGAUACAGCCUUUUUYAAAAAUUAUGAGAAUUGUCGAAAUAUCUAAAUAUCAUAAUAUCGAGUGCAUGAUGGGUAAUCCCGCGCGAUGCCCUUAGUCCC